AAGCUGUUCAGCUGCAGUAUGUCAAAAGAGCGAAGAAAGGACUCUCUGUCUGAGAUGAGUCUCUCAGAGAAACAGAGUGUAAGAUCAGGCUCGCAUGUGUUCAGCUCUGUGUUUGUGAAGAGUGACUGUUCAAAAAGUCUUGGACCAAACUUAAGAGACAAAAAAACAUCAUCCAAAAAAAGGCUUCAGUUUGAAACAUUAGAUUCAGAUUUCCAGACUUACAGGGACCACAGCAAUGUCAAUGAUCUCCUAUGGAUCUUCCAGAAUCUUGAGGGCAAAAUAUUCACAUUUAUUAAGAAUGAGCUGGAGAAGUUUAAGAAGCUAUUACAGAAUGAGAACACACAAUGCUUGGUGAAUGACUUUAAUGAGAACAGAUGCAGUAUCAAAGAAGCAGCUCUUGACCUCACACUCUACUUCCUGAGAGAAAUGAAGCAAGGUGAAGCUGCUGAUAUUUUAGAAGACAAUCUGGUCUUCAUUCAUCAGCUGAAAUGUGGUUUAAAGAAGAAGUAUCAAUGUGUGUUUGAAGGAAUUGCAAAGCAAGGGGACUCUAUACUUCUGAAUAACAUCUACACAGAUCUCUAUAUCACUCAGGGUUGUAGUGAACAGGUCAAUACUGAACAUGAGGUAAGACAGAUUGAAGUGGCUUCUAGGCGUCAUGAAUCUCAAGAGAUACCGAUUGAGUGCAAAAAUUUGUUUGAAGCACCUGAACAAGACAAGCAGAUCAGAACUGUACUGACAAAAGGAGUUGCUGGUAUCGGAAAAUCAGUCACUGUGCAGAAGUUUGUUCUGGAUUGGGCUGAAGAAAAAGAAAAUCAAGAUAUCAGCUUCAUAUUUCCUCUUCCAUUCAGAGAGAUUAACUUAAUGGAAAAAGAAAAACAAAGUUUGACGGACCUUGUAAAUCAGUUUUUCCCAGAAAUAAAAGGAUUGAACCUUACAAGAAGAAAUAAUUUUAAAGUCAUGUUCAUCCUUGAUGGAUUGGAUGAAUGUCGACUUCCUCUGAACUUCGAUGGUAAUGAAACACGGUGUGAUGUAUCAUCACCAGCAUCUCUGGAUGUUCUCUUGACAAACCUCAUCAAGGGAAAUCUGCUUCCUUCUGCUCUCAUCUGGAUCACCACCAGACCAGCAGCUGCCAGUAAGAUUCCUCCUGACUGUAUCGAUCGGCUGACAGAGAUACGAGGAUUCAAUGAUGCACAAAAGGAGGAGUAUUUCAAAAAAAGAUUCUUAGAUGACAAUCUGUCAAAAGAAAUACUUAAUCAUGUAAAAAAAUCAAAGAGUCUAUUUAUCAUGUGCCACAUCCCAGUCUUCUGCUGGAUUUCAUCCACUGUUCUCCAGAACAUUUUGGAAAUUAAAACAGAUAAUAAUCAGCAAAUCAAUCAGGCUGAUGAUGCCUCCAAAACACUGCAGGAAUCAAACACUAUAGACACUCCUAAGACUCUGACACAAAUGUACACACACUUUCUCCGCUUUCAGAUCCAGCAGAGCAGACGAAAAUAUGAUGGACAAUACACACCAAAUGUUUCCUGGGAUAAAGAAGCCAUGCUUUCACUGGGGAAACUGGCAUUUGAUCAGCUGGAAAGAAACAACUUGAUCUUCUAUGACACAGAUCUCGAAGCCUGUGGUAUUGAUGUCUACAUGGCAUCAGUGUAUUCAGGCAUGUGUACCCAGAUCUUUAAGGAGGAAACGGGGAUCAUUCUUGGUACCAUGUACUGCUUUGUUCACUUGAGCAUUCAAGAGUUUAUUGCAGCCCUUUAUGCACAUCUGUUUCUAGACAUCAACAAGAAAAGUGUGUUUGUUCAUGAGUCUAUAGAACAGAAAACAACUGAAACCAUGAUUGAUUUGCUCAAGACUGCAGUGGACAAGGCACUUGAGAGUGACAGCGGACACCUGGACCUUUUCCUUCGCUUCCUUCUCGGUCUGUCACUCCAAUCCAAUAGACUUCUCUUACGAGGACUGUUGACACAGGAAGGCUGCAAUGAUCAGAUCAAAAAGGAAAUAGCCCAAUACAUCAAGCAGAAAUUAGAAGCUAAUCUGUCUCCAGAGAGAUCCAUCAAUCUGUUCUACUGUCUGAAUGAACUGAAUGACCAAACUCUGGUGAAAGAGAUUCAGACCCACCUUAGAGAAGGAAGUCUCUCAUCUGUUGAUCUUUCACCUGCCCAGUGGUCUGCUGUGGCCUUUGUGUUGUUGACAUCAGAGGAGGAGAUGGAGGAGUUUGAGCUUCAGAAAUUCAAGAAAUCAGACGAGUGUCUCAUUAGAUUAUCAGCAGUCAUCAAAACCUCCAAAAGAGCUCUGUUAAAUGACUGCAGCUUAACAGACAGAAGUUGUUCAGCUCUGGUUGCUGUUCUUGGAUCAGACACCAGUCUGAAAGUGCUGAACAUGAACAAUAAUAAUCUGCAGGAUUCAGGUGUGAAGCUGCUCUGCACUGGACUGAAGAACAUAUGUAAAUUGGAGAUACUAAGUCUAAGUAUGUGUGAUCUAACAGAGGAAAGCUGUUCAGCUCUUGCUUCAGUUCUCAGUUCAGACUCCAGCAGUCUGAAGGAUCUUGACCUGAGCAAUAAUAAUCUGCAAGAUUCAGGAGUGAAGUCGCUCUCUGAUGGACUAAAUGAAAAAUGUAAACUGGAGAAACUCAGACUCUCAGACUGCAGUAUAACAGAAGAAGGUUAUAAAGCUCUGGCUUCAGCUCUGAGAUCAAACCCUUCACACCUGAUAGAGCUGGAUCUCAGAGGAAAUGAUCCUGGACAAACAGGAGUGAAGGAGUUCAGUGAUUUUCUACAGGAACCAAACUGUCAACUCAAGACACUGAGGUUUUUGUGUCCUGAAGCAGAUGAAGCCUGUCGAUUUGUGACUGGAAUUGUGGGUAAAAACCUGUUACUUUUGAGUGAGCUGAAUCUGAGUGGACAUCAUCUAGGAGACACACGAGUGAGUCAGAUAUCUGCUCUACUGCAGGAUAAACACUGUCAACUCAGUACACUGAUACUGUGUGGUUGCAAGAUUACAGAGAAACAGUUACUCAUCCUGACUUCGGCUUUGAAAUCAAACCCAUCACACCUGAGAGAACUGAACCUUAGUGGUAAUAAGCUUAAAGACUCAGGAGCCAAAAACCUCAGUGAUCUAAUGAUGAACCCACAAUGCAAGCUGGAAAAACUGGAGUAAGUAACAUUAUACUGUACUUCAGUUAGAGAUUAAAGGUUACUGCUUAAUAUAAACAACUUGGCUCAAGUCACAUUAUUUAUAACACUGUACCUUCUGUCAUUUCUCUAACUAUGGAAAAAUUACAAUAUGCAAAUGAGAA